CAUUCUUGCCAGCGUGCAUUGUCGCCUCCGAACCUACAACUCCUGCACGCUGUUGCGCGCAGCCAACUUUCUGACUGCGCUGUAACGAAUCCAGCGCCUACCUGCAACGACUAUGUCUGGCCCCGCCUUCACGGACCUGCCGACGGAGGUGCUCGAGGCCAUCUUCCUGCACCUCGACCCGCCUUCGCUCUUCGCCCUCUCGCAGUCCAACAGGCUGAUCAAGCAGCUCACUACCGACUCACCCAUAAUCUGGCGCCACCUCUGCCGCACAAGCUUCACUACAUGGGCACCUCAACACAAUAUCGCCGCCAAAUUCGCAGGGCCGCUCCCCGCCGUGAAUUGGCGCGCCCUCUACAUUCGCAAGAAGCGCAUUGAGCACGAGACACGGCGAUUACUCGACCAUGUUCUAGCGACACAACACGAACGCAUACGAUGCAUCAACGGCAUCGCCGAGUUCGGAUAUGACGCGAAAGAGACGCUGUUGCGCGAGUGCGCCUGUCCAGAUGACGCCGAAGAUGUGCUGGCGAGGCGGUACUACGCGAAUGCUGCACUGGAGCGCAUACACCGUGAGAUGGCGAUCAAUGUGUGGAAGGACGUGCAGGACGGGAAGGAUGUGUCGAUCGAUAGGGCGCUGGGCGCAUACGACAUGUUCGCGCGUGGCGGGGAAGAUGUCGACUUCGAUCUGAUGUCAGAGGACCUGGACCGCCUGGCGAAUGGUCUGCUCAGUGAGCAUCCCGAUUUCCGGGAGCUCAGCACAAGGGCGAAGGCAUCGACGCUCGCCUCGUAUCUGCGCGACCAGGGCUUCCAAGGCGUACCCGACACCUCAUACCGCGCAUUACGAAACUCGUUCAUUGGCCUCGUCCUCCGGUCGCCCACUCACCAGUCACUACCCCUCAUAUCCGUCGCCCUAUUCUGCGCGCUCGCCCAAAGAGUCGGCCUCGAUGCGCGCCCAUGCGGCUUCCUAUUCCACGUCUACUGCCUCGUCUACGCGCCCGAACGGCACAGUCUCGACGGCGAAUACAAGCCCAGCAGCUCCGGGCCCCUCGACUCCAUGUACCUCGAUCCCUUCCGCUCCUCAGACGAAGUCCGACAAGCCGACCUCCUACGCGUGCUCCGCGACAUGGGCGUCCCAACCACAGACCACCAGACCUUUCUCUCCGACACAACAACCCGCGAAAUGGUCCUGCGCACGGCACGCAACAUAAUGAACUCGGUGCAAACCAUCCGGCAAACGCAAGGCGGCGUGCAUGGGAUCAGCGCGGCAUGGCUAGACGCAUACCCCGACAUGGACAACGCGUUCUACUCGACCAUCUGGGCCAUGCUGAUGCUCGGGCCCGGCGACGAAGGAACACCGGGGUCCAUACAGCAAGUCUCGUCGCGGCGACGGCAGUACCUGCCCUACCUGCUCGAGCACUUCCAGACCCAUUUUGCGUGGGAUGUUGCGCUGCUUGAGCAGUAUGUUAUUCCCCUGUUCUAUACGCAGCCUGAGGGACAGAGGCUUUUGCAAUUUGUGCAGAGUAUGCAUCAAAUUGAUACGCUGAGGCGACCGCUGCUACGGAGGUCUGCGCGCGCGCGGAAUGUGGAGUUCAAGAUCGGGCAGUUGUUCAGGCAUAAGCGGUAUCACUAUGAAGGUGUGAUCACGGGGUGGGACACGAGUUGUGAUGCGGGCGAGGAGUGGAUACAGAACAUGGGUGUUGAUCGGUUGCCAGGUGGGAGGGAACAGGCGUUCUAUCAUGUGCUUGUUCAUGAUAAAUCCGUACGCUAUGUCGCUGCGGAGAACAUCGAGCCUAUGGCGACUGGCGCACUGCCCUCUGCCGCUAUAAUGAAGCUUGCGGGGAGGCAUUUCAAGCGUUGGGAUGACGCGAGCCAUACCUUUGUGAGUAACUUGAGGGACGAGUAUCCUGAUGAUUGAAAUGCGUCACGACGAAGUGGUUGCAUAGGGGACCUACACCAAUCGAGCUUAUAUAAUCAAUCAGGGAUUGUAUGCUGCGAACC